UCCCAAUAUCAAAACCUCAGCCAGCCACGCCAAAGCAACGCUCCACCAAGUUGGCUAUUGACUGCCACGCUUCUGUCUCUCUCGCAGUCAGCGUCAGUUCCCCGCUAACCUCGCAUUGACAAGGUGUGUCGAACAGAUAUCGCAAGAAAGUAAGGUAUAUCAAGUGAAGGAGAGAGAGACAGGUCGUCUCGUCUUGGUUCUCCCGUCAUGAAGAUGCUUGGAGUGCCAUUUGCCCUGGUUUGUGUGGUUUUCGGGCUGUCCUGUAUUCUCGCUGGAAAAGUGAACAAACACAAGCCGUGGAUCGAGACGUCGUACCAUGGGGUGAUCACAGAGAACAUGGACACCGUCCUGCUGGACCCUCCCUUGGUGGCCUUGGACAAGGACGCCCCUGUCCCUUACGCAGGGGAGAUCUGUGCAUUUAUGAUCCACGGGCAGGAGGCCCCGUUCGAGGCGGUGGUCCUGAACAGGACGUCAGGGGAGGGGGUCCUGAGGGCCAAGGGCUCGGUGGACUGUGAGACCCAGAAGGAGUACACCUUCAUCAUCCAGGCCUACGACUGUGGGGCCGGGGCCAACGGGGCCAGCAGGAAGAAGUCACACAAGGCGGUGGUUCACAUCCAGGUGGAUGACGUGAAUGAGUUCUCUCCUGUGUUCCGGGAGGCCGUGUACCACGCUGCAGUAACAGAGGAGAAGAUCUACGACAGCAUCCUGCAGGUAGAGGCCUGGGACCAGGACUGUUCCCCGCAGUACAGCCAGAUCUGCAACUACGACAUCGUCACCUCCGACACACCCUUCGCCAUCGACCGCAAUGGUAACAUCAGAAACACGGAGCGUCUGAGCUAUGACAAGCAGCUGCGCUACAAGAUCAUGGUGACCGCCUUCGACUGCGGCCAGAAGAGGGCGACGGAGAGUGUGGCGGUGCACAUCGACGUCAAGCCCGUCUGUAAACCUGGCUGGCAAGGCUGGAACAAACGAGUGGACUAUGAGCCCGGAACAGGAAGCAAGCAACUGUUUCCCAAGAUGCACCUUGAGACUUGUGACGGCCCGCUGUCGGCGGUGAGAGCCAUGGUGGAGCUGCAGACCAGCCACAUCGGGAAGGGCUGCGACCGGGAGACCUACUCCGAGAAGUCCCUACAGAAACUCUGUGGUGCAGCGUCCGGCAGCACAGACCUCCUCCCCGCCCCCAGCGCUUCCACCAAUUGGACGGCCUCGCUGCUGACAGACAAUGGGCGGGAUAGCGACCUCAUCUUCCGCUUCGAUGGACGGCAGGCAUCCAACGUGCCGGAGCAGGUGGUUCCACAGAACCUGACUGACCAGUUCACCAUUGCCACGUGGAUGAAGCACGGGCCUAGCCCCGGUCUGAGGGCUGAGAAGGAGACCUUGCUCUGCAACUCCGACAAGACCGAGAUGAACCGGCACCACUACUCCCUGUACGUCCACAACUGCCGUCUGGUGUUCCUGCUCAGGAGAGACUUCACCCAGGUUGACAACUUCCGCCCUGCAGAGUUCCACUGGAAACUGGAGCAGAUCUGUGAUAAGGAGUGGCACUACUACGUGAUCAAUGUGGAGUUCCCUGCUGUGAUGCUCUUCGUAGAUGGCGUGACCUAUGAACCCUACCUGGUGACCGACGAUUGGCCCAUCCAUCCCUCGUCAAUUGACACCCAGCUGACAGUGGGUGCCUGCUGGCAAGGUGGUGAGGUGUCCACCCCGCGGUUCACCCAGUACUUCCGGGGCAGUCUAUCAGGUCUGACCAUCCGGCCAGGCAAGAUAGAGACCCAGAAGGUCAUCUCCUGUCUACAGGCCUGUAAGGAAGGACUGGACAUCAACUCACUGGAGAGCCUUGGCAAGGAUAUCAAGUUUCACUUUAACCCGGCCCAGUCGGUGCUGGUGAUGGAGGGAGAGGACCUGGAGAGUAUCAACACAGCCAUGACCAAGGUCUCCUACAUCAACUCACGCCAGUUCCCCACAGCAGGCCUCAGACGGCUACACAUCACCACCACCAUACAGUGUUUCGGGGAGGAUACAUGCAUCUCCAUCCCAGACAUUAAGGCAGUAGUAAUAGUCCUGCCACCAAGCGAGCCACGGAUCACCAUCACUGGUUCAGAUCGACUCGUCAAGCCUUCCUCCGACCUGCGUGGAGCCAUGGGCGUGGCACCCUUCAAGGAGCUGCGCAUCACCAGCACUGUAACCAAGACCGACGGUGUGCCGUUCAGCGCAGUCCACAGGCCUGGUGUUCUGGAGGUUAUGCACAACCUGGAUUACUGUGAUGUCCUGGUGAUCGGAGAGGAGCUCAACCCAGAGCACGAGAGUCUGGAGAUUCACCACAGCUCCCUAAUGGGGAAACACCUGGACGCCACAAACUCCACCUCAGGCAUCUCCAUAUAUGGUGUGGACUCCAUGGCCCACUAUGAGGAGGCCCUCAGGCAGGUGCGCUACAGGAACUGGCGCCCGGCGAUCCUGACUAACAGGAGGUUCAGGCUCACCUGCUCCGAGCUCAACGGCCGCUACACCAGCAACGAGUUUAAUCUGGAGGUUAGCGUCCUCCACAACUCAGCACCCAUAGAGCAUGUCAAUCACAUGGCUGUCCAAUCCCAGUACAUGCGGCCUGUGCAUCAUCCACUAAUGGUGCACACUCUCAAUUCCCACAUCUCAGGCACCUCUCCAGCUGCCACGGUGGUGAUAGUGAUCUGUAUCGCCGCCCUGGUGGUCAUAGUGGUGCUGGGCAUCUAUAGGCUCCACAGUACCCACCAGGACGGCUCCAAGAGGGAGGAGGACGGGGCCAAGGACCCAGAGAUGGACUGGGACAACUCCACCCUCACCAUCACAGUCAACCCUAUGGAGCAUAUCGGAGGGCCUCAGGCGGUGGAGGAGGAGGUAAGAGAGGAAGAGGAAGAUGAGGAUGAUGAAGAGGACGAUGAGCAGGCAGGCGACAUGAGUGCAGAGUCAGGCGACAGUGAUGAAACAGAGGAGGAAGAGGAGGAGGAUGAGAGGGAAGUGAAGAAGGAGGGAAAGCAGAAGAGCAAGCUGGAAUGGGAUAGCUCUUCGAUAACAUAUUGAUCUCUCACACAUAUACACAAACCUACAUAUUAUACAGAAUCUGCUGAAAGUCAGUCACAAUCAGUUGUUAAAACGGCACAUUUUUAAUGAAAUGUUGCUCUCUUCUGGUCAAACUAAGGCAUUACAACUAAUGCCAGUGGAGCUGAUUUCUCCGAUUUUGGUAUAACUAAUCGUUCCUAUUUAAGACUGCCAUUGACAACACAAUAGGGCCAAUUUGAAAACUUGCACAAGCACAUUUCCACCUUAUAUCCAAUGGCUCGUUCAUCUGUUGAAUUAUUUCUGGGUUUGGACACAAAAAAUUGGACACCACAUUUUCCCCGUUAUGUAUCUCAAUUGCUGUUGAUACUAAUACAAAAAGAUAUUGGAAUGCGUUCAUUGUAAAUUGUAUGUCCCCUCUUUAGCAUUAAUACAAAUUGUUGCAUUUCUUUGCAAUUUUAAUACUGUACUUUAAAGUAGUUUUUUUGCAUUAGAUUAUGAGAUGAUAUUUUAUUAAUUUUAAAUCUUGGAAAUGUUUAUUUUAGGUCUUCUGAAAGACAGACUUACAAAUUGUCAUUAACAGAGGUAUAAGAGGAUGUAUUUACAAAACAAAUUUUGAACAUUUUGAUAGAUUCUCCUUUUUUUUCUGUCUGCCUGGUUCUUUUUCUUGAACAUAUGAAAAAGAGAGAAAAGUUCCUGUAUGUUUUUAUAAAUCCCUCGUGACGUGUAUAUAGCAGGUAGCAUAGCUGAACUAUAAUUCACCUCGUCACCCACCUACCUUUCCUCAAACUGGAUGUCCAAACUUGCUUGCAUCAGGGGCAUUUUGAGUAGUCAAGUUGCCCCUAACCACAUAUUCAUCCUAACUUUAACCAUUAGGAGGGAAAAUGGACAACUGAUCCUAGAUUAGUACUUGAGGGUGACUUUAGCCCUCAUGGUCAGCCUCUCUCUGUGUUUGCUGUUGACUUGUGUCCCUGCGUGCGUCCACCUACUUCUGAGGCUAAGAUGAGGGUAUGAGAAUAGACACUUAAAGGGAUAGUUCACCCCAUAAUCAAACUUUCAUACAUGAAAUAUUGUCUAAAGUCCAUGCCAUCUGUUGUUUAAAUCACGCAAUAUGCACAUGUAAGCGUCUGACAAACAAAUUUGGGGGUAAACCAUCCCUUUAGUCACCACCAGAAGGCAACAUCAGUCAAAAUUCCUAUUCUUGGCUUGACAGGUUAGCAUUUUCAGCCUGGGCACAGAGACAACUUGUCACAUUGGGCGCGUUCAAGCGGAUCACUUUUGUCAAGUCGGUGUGUUGGUCACCGCCUUUCAAAGUGUGUUGCAUUGUGAGGAUAAAAAUUGUCUACAUGUCGACUGCAUGAACUUUACCAAAAUCAUGUGAUCAAAGUUCAUGAAGUUUUGACUGUAGUCGACUGCAAGU